AUGUUUUUAGGAUAUACGAAAGGUGUGCACACAUUUGUCGACUAUUGGGAAUUCGAAGACAAAAAAACAAUGCGAAAAACAAACAGAAAAACAAAAACAAUGACGGCAAAGCCUAUUAAACACAAAUAUUCUGACACAAUUGAAACUUCGUGUGCAACAAAUUUGGAACAUUUAAAAACUCGUUAUAUUCAUCGAGUUACCCUUACAGGGUUAAUUGAAAAUAAAAGAUACGGUACUUUAUUUGGCGAAAAAUUAAAUUUUUUAAUCAAAAAUUUGACAGAAUAUCAAGUUGGAUAUUUCAAACCUUCCAAAAUUCGCGGGGUAGAGUGCACAAUCCCGCAAUCUUUUUCUGAGGGAAAAGAUCCUCGCCAUUGUAAAAAAGUGACAAGGAAAGACGUCUUCAAUUUUUUCAUGUUCCCUUGGUCAAAUCCCGUCGAUUAUGAUUUUACAAUUGCAAUAUUUGGUGAUCUGGGAUUGAAAAAGCCGAGUGCCAAUGUUUCUGAUAAGCUGUCAUGGAGAAGUCCCAAAUAUGAUAAGCUUGCUCCUCAGGCAUUCGAGUCCUUAAUAGAGCUUGUUCACAGAAAUGCUAACCCAACCCAUCCGAUGCUUAAUAAAUUGAAACAUCCUAUUCACAAGUCGCAUUUGGAUGAAAAAAGUAGUGGAUUUAAAAUGCAAAGUGACAUUGCUUAUAAUCUACACACUUGGCGUUCAGAGGGGAAGAAACAAAAUUGUAAAUUCUACAAUCUAGGAGACCGGUUUAUGACGAUUAUGGAGAAUGUUGCGGCAUAUGUGCCGUAUCUGGUAAUUGCUGGUAACCAUGAAAAUGAGGAGAAGAAUGAGAACAGACCAGAUCCGCCUGGCCCGGAUUCAUCAUUUUUCAAUCCACAAUACGAACAUUUUGAAUCGCGCUUUUUUAUGCCGAGGAAUCUAACUAACCAUGCUACAAAUCAUUAUUAUCACUUUAAAUAUGGUCCCAUCUUUUUUGUUUGUGUAAGCACAGAAUUUUAUUAUUCCUAUUCAAAACAAGAACCGUUCAAAUGGAUACCGGAUGUUGCCCGAAUUAAAAAACAAUACGAAUUUAUUAAAUACAGUUUGAAGGAAGCAAAUGAACAGCGUGAGAAGUAUCCUUGGCUCGUUGUUGUUCAACACCGACCAUUUUAUUGUACAUCGAAAAACAAACAGACUUGCAGAUUUAACAAAUAUCAUAAAGAUGGCAUACCAUUAACGGACCCAAACAAUCCAAAAGUUUACAAACUCCAAUAUGGACUUGAGGAAUUAUAUAAUCGUUAUCACGUGGAUUUGGUUUUAUCUGGGCAUGAACAUGCCUUUGAAAUGUUCCCACCAAUUCAACUGAACAGGGAGAUUAAUAAAGUUGUCCCCUACAAGUAUUGGUGGAAUGCUACACGCUUAGUGAACGUAAACAAUAAUACUACACCUGUUCAACAUGAUUUUAUGUCGUUUCGGGAUCCAGUUGCUCCUGCUUAUGUGGUUGUUGGGCGACCAGGCAACACGGAAGAGAAGGAGCAGUUAUCUGACAUCCCCUAUUUAGAGCGGAUUAAUCAAUACACCGAUUUUUCCAUGACUUUGCUUCAUUACCCAGGAUCAGUUGCCAAAAAGUCGUUGAUUACAGUAAGACAGGUGGAUGUACUUCAAGGCAAUGUUCCUAUGGAAUUUGCGUUGGAAAAAACAUUUACCUCUUACAAUAUCAAAGAAAUUUAUAAUUCCAUGGAGGGAAAUAUUCAAAAUAAAUAUCAGCUAGAAAGCAGUUAUUUAAUCAGUGAUAGAAAGCGGCACGAAAAAUUCUUGGAGGAUACAAUAGAAUUUUCAAUUCAUAAUUAUGCUGAUUUAGAAGAAAAAGAACCGGAUUUGGUUUAUCCACCACUUUCUAAAAAUGAGGAUAAGGAUAAAGAAAAAGAUUUUCUUUUAAAAGAGAUAAGCAUUACUGCUGGUGAAAAUAGCAAAAUUCGAGCUUUGCUAUACUCCUACAAUUUGAAAAGAGAACAUCCUUUGAAUACUCAUUUAGAUGAAAUGUACAAAAUUGCAAUAAAAGGAGUUUGUGGAAGUAAUUAUCAACAAAUCUUGAAGAAUCAAGCAGACUGGAAGAAUCAACAAGUUCAAGAAGCUUUAAGGCAAUUUACUCAAAAAAUUUUAAUGGACCAUUCGAAAAUGUUUAGUAAACCUCCAGAACAAAAAAUCAUCAAUGAUAAGAAGAGGAAGAAGUCAGCUACGAAAGAAAAUUCACAACCCAAUGUUAAUCCAUUAAAAACAAAUGUUCAAAAAACUACGAAUCCUUUUCAAAAUCUUUUUGGUAAAAAUAUAUUUGGAACAACCAAAGAAAAUGUACAGCCAAAUUUUGCAGCUCAAAAUGGUCCACAACAAGUGUUCCAUUUUCAAGCGGGGGUGGACGGAAAUGUCAAAAAAGAACAAAAUGAUAACUAUUUCAAAAAUGGAACUAAAAUAUUCGGAACAAACAAAGAAAAUAUACAGCCAACUUUUGUAGCUCAAAAGGCUGAUUCUACAAAGAAUGUGAAGAAAUCUGCCAGUUUUGCUCAGAAUAUUUCGACAGAUAUCCCGCAAACUUUAAAUACUUCUUCGGUAAAUGCGAGCAGCACAACUGGAGGAUUAAAAGGAAUAUUGAAUGUUCCGCUACCAAAUUUUCCACAAACGAGUUCUCUCAAACCCGUUCGAGUCGAUACCAAUACUCAUGUCACUGCCGAAUAUUCCCCUCAAAGUUUAGACAAGCCAAAUUCUCCACAAGUUACAUAUCGUAUCAACACUCAAGUUAAAGUUGAUUAUGAACCUCAAAACGUUACGAAAGGAGAAACACAAAAUAAAGCCGAACAAUCUAAAAAUACAAACGAAAAAACGCAAGAGGUUAAAAAACGGAAACGAAAUUUUAAAGCAAAAAUUGAAUGGAGCGAGGAUGAGCUUUAUGAUCUUACAGAUCUUAUAGCUUAUUUUUAUUAUAGAGCUUUGGUUAAACCCUCUUGUGAUAUGUCAAAAUUUCCACUUUUUAAAGGAUAUAUUGCUAAAAAUGGAGAUAAGGUUUUAGAAAUGAAUCCGAAUGUGGUGGAAAAAAUUAUUUCGAAUGAUAAAGCAGAUUGUGUAUUUAUUCAUUACUACAAAAGCAUUUCGAAUGAACAGGCGAAUUAUGGAACUUUGUUGGACAAAUUAUUUAGCUCAAAGGGGGUUUGUUUUCAAUUAUUAUUUGUUAGAGAUAGAGAUCUGACCAAGACGGGAAAAAUCUCAUUGUUUGAGAGACCGGUCAUGAAACUGAGAUCGAUCAUUGAAGAUCGAUCAUUGAAAUCUCAUUGUUUGAGAGACCGAUCAUGA